AUGGCGGACAAGCAGAUCAGUUUGCCUGCCAAAUUGAUCAAUGGGGGGAUCGCUGGCCUUAUCGGUGUGACCUGUGUGUUUCCCAUUGACUUGGCCAAGACCCGCCUGCAAAACCAGCAGAAUGGAAUGCGCCUUUACACCAGCAUGUCAGACUGCCUUAUUAAGACGAUCCGUUCAGAAGGAUACUUUGGGAUGUACAGAGGAGCGGCGGUGAACUUAACACUAGUAACGCCGGAGAAGGCCAUUAAACUGGCUGCUAACGACUUCUUCAGGCACCAUCUCUCUAAAGACGGGAAGCUCACUCUCUUCAAAGAGAUGCUGGCAGGAUGCGGGGCCGGUACAUGCCAGGUUAUAGUAACAACUCCUAUGGAGAUGUUGAAAAUUCAGCUCCAAGAUGCUGGGCGUAUCGCUGCACAGAGGAAGCUGAUGCCAGAGACGGUGGCUGCGGGCACAGUGGAGAAGUCCCCCACCGCCAUGCAGCUCACCAGGCAGCUGCUAAAUGAAAAGGGGAUCGCCGGCUUGUACAAGGGCCUGAGUGCCACAUUGCUGAGAGAUGUGCCCUUCUCCAUCAUCUAUUUCCCACUUUUUGCCAACCUUAAUCAGUUGGGCAAGAGGGGUGCCGAGGGACCUGCUCCGUUCUAUGUGUCGUUUCUGGCAGGCUGCGCGGCGGGGAGCACAGCUGCGGUGGCUGUAAACCCGGUGGAUGUGAUCAAAACACGUCUGCAGUCUCUGACCCGAGGCAGCACUGAAGACACGUACACUGGAGUCGGGGACUGCAUCAGUAAAAUCAUGCGGAACGAGGGUCCGACAGCGUUCCUGAAGGGCGCCUACUGUCGAGCGCUGGUCAUAGCGCCGCUGUUCGGCAUUGCUCAGGUCAUUUACUUCCUGGGUGUUGGUGAAUAUAUCCUCAGCUUCUUGCCCAAGAAAGACAAAUAA